AUGGGUGCAGCUAUUGCAAAGGUAUUCCCAAGAACUCGUCAUCGUCUUUGUCUUUGGCAUAUUAAGAAGAAAUUUCCAGAAAAACUUUCCUAUAUAUAUCAUAAGAAUUCAAUAUUCAAACGUGAGUUGAAGAGAUGCAUAUGUGAGUCAUCUAGUGUGGAAAAAUUUGAGGAGGCUUGGAAGAGCCUAAUAUUGACUUAUGGCUUGGAGAGAAAUGAAUGGCUUGAAGGAUUAUAUAAUAUUCAAGAGUCAUGGGUACCGGUUUACAAUAGAAAUACUUUCUUUGCAGGAAUGAACACUACCCAAAGAAGUGAAAGCAUCAAUGCAUUCUUUGACUCUUUUGUUAACUCAAGAACUACAUUAAAGGAUUUUGCGGUCAAAUUUGCAAAGGCGGUGGACAGUUGUUAUAAGAAAGAAAGGAAGGAAGACUUUGAUUCAAGACAUAAAACACCUUCUUUGGUAAUUGGCUCAAAAAUAGAGCAUCAAGCUGCUUCUAUAUACACGAGAACCAUAUUUAAUAAGUUCCAAAAAGAAUUGGUGAGUAGUAAUCACUUUACAAAGGAAAAGGUUGAGAAAAAUGGAACUUUUUAUUGGUACAAAGUAACAAGUUCCUUUGAUCCAGAUGAUGCAUUUAUUGUGAAGCUGAACUUGGAAUCAAAAGUUUGUGAAUAUGACUACCAACUUUUUGAGUUUAUGGGAAUUGUUUACUUAGACCAUACCCUUAAGAAAGCUUUUGGAAUAGAAAAUGAACUGCUUGAAGAUAAGGAAGAUGAUGAAAUGGAUAUGCAUCACAAGAGUGGUGAAUCAGCUGACAUUGUUGAAGUAGAAGACUGCUCUGUCAUUGUUCCUUUAAAUAUAAAAGAUCCACAUGUAUCACAAACCAAAGGUCGAAAGAAAAGUACCGAGAAACAAGGUCCUGGUGGGAGAAUGAAAGGUGGGCUUGAAAUAUCCUUAGCUCAUGCAACGACAAAAAGACGACCUUGUCAAUUUUGUGGGGGUUAUGGUCAUAAUCGUCGUACUUGUAAACAAUUUAAUGGCGAAGGAAGUGAUUACCAAGAUGAAGAAAACAUUACAGAGGUUGAUGACAAUGAUGUUGAUGAUUUAGCAUAA